AUGGGGUGGCCUUCACCCUUGCAAACUCCAACAAGAUCACGAUUAAGCAGCAGCAUUCGAUCCAGAGGGCGGGAGCCUGAAGAAUUUCCACUCAAUCCUCAAUAUAAGCACGUGAAAAACAUCGAUUUGCUGGAGUCAGCUCGUGAGCCGGGAAAAGCUAAGGAGUACCUUUUCGUCGGACCUUCACCUCCAGCUGACGAUGCACCGAACAUGUACCACAGUUUCGACGUCCUCGCUCCCGACCCCGAUGCUAGAUUGACCGAUGACGCGGCAAGAAGAGGAUUGUACGAAAGAGCCCUCACUCUGGGGGCGGGAAGAUUUUUCGAUGACUUAGAAUGCGGCUUGAUAACUGCCGAAAACAUCGAGGAACACAUUAGUUCUGCUCCUGAAGCGGUCGUAAAUUUAACUUUACUAUGGGCCUCGUAUUUGGCGCGGGAUGAGUUAUUACCCGGAGUUUUGGACGCUGGGGCGGAUAUUCACUACUCGGAUUCGUCAGGUUUGACUGCCUUACAUUUGUCAGCCUUUAGCGGUGCCGGCAGAGCGGCUGUGUUCCUGAUAUCACGGGGUGCUGACGUAGAUUUCGUUCCUAAAUAUUUCACGCCCCUUCAUUGUGCCGCAUUCGGGAAUUCGUUAGAAGUUGCAGAAAUACUGAUAGGAAAUGGCGCUUCGUUACACGGCGUGGUACAGCGAGCAGGAUGCGAAGAUAACCUAGUACAUUGCGCGGUGAGAGCAGAUGCCGUUGAAUGUAUGGAAAUGUUCAUAGAACGAGGAGUGGACCCCGCAUAUGCUACUUCUGGAGGAUUGAACGCGUUGCAUCUCGCUGCUGAGCUGGGUUCGCGACGUUGCUUGUCGUAUUUAUUAAGAGAAACAAAGAUAAGCGUGAAUGGCAUGAGUAAACAAAGAGAUAAAGAAUGUACUGCGUUGCACUUGGCAGCUUCCAGGGGCUAUGUCGAGUGCGUAGAACUUUUAUUAUCUGAAGGUGCGAAAGCGAACACGAAAAAUUAUAGAGGAUUCACAGCCUUACAUCUAGCUGCUAGAUUAUCAAGUAUUGACUGCGUAGAAGUGUUGUUGCGAGAUGGCAACGCGGAUCCGAAUGCUGAAGAUUACGACAAAAGAAGUCCUUUACACGCUGCGAUAACUCGUUCUGAACGUGCUUGUGAUAUAAUCGAACUGCUGGUGAAUUGGGGAGCUCAGGUCAACAAGAAAGAUGAGUACGGGUAUUCUGCAAUUCAUUUAGCUGCAAUGGAUGGUUUGACGCAAUGCGUCGAAACAUUAAUCUUUCUGGGCGCCGACGUAACUUCGAAAUCUAAAAAAGGUCACACAGCGUUAAGUGUUAUCGCCAGGAAAACUCCUAAGUCUCUUGCUAUUUUAAAACACAACCUAGACUGUGGAAUAUCAUUGAGUCGAUCAAUAGAGGGCAAUGAAGAGGUACAGAUCGAAUUUGAUUUUGGUAAAUUACUGAAAUUUUCAUAUCCACGCGAGAUCACAUAUUUAAACAGUUUGGUUGAUGAAGGCCAAAAAGAUAUUUUGCAGCAUCCACUGUGCUCUGCCUUUUUGUUUAUGAAGUGGCGAAAAAUAAGGAAGUUUUAUUUGGCUAGACUAAUUUUUUGUUUUUUAUUUGUAUCGUUUCUAUCAAUUUACGUGCUGACAGCGGUAGUCAAAGCGUGUCAAGGUAAGCAUUCGAAGAAAUAUGGUGUCCCAAAUGAAUUAUGUCAGCCGCAAUCAAUUUUGGGUGUCAUUUUAAACGAUAAUCCGAUCGAAUUUGAGAGAUGGGUCUUGAUGGCAAUCACAGUCUUCGAAAUCGUUCGAAAAUUAACCGGUAUAACCGGAUACUCGAGUUUCUACCAAUAUUUUACGACCUUCGAAAACUUGAUGGAGUGGUUCGUGCUGCUCUCAGUAUUUUCAUUGUACAACAUUCGCAAUGAUUACAGCUGGCAGAAUCAUGUUGGUGGCUAUGCUGUUCUUGGGGCUUGGACAAACUUGAUGUUGAUGAUGGGCCAGCUUCCAAUGUUCGGCGAUUACGUGGCCAUGUAUCAAAAAGUUUUAAUGGAGUUUCUGAAACUUUUAUUGGCUUACAUUUGUCUACUUCUCGGCUUUACCAUUUGCUUCUGUGUCGUCUUUCCUAAUGAAGAAAUGUUUUCAAAUCCUUUGAUGGGUUUCAUCAGUACUCUUUCGAUGAUGGUUGGAGAAUUAAAUUUAAAUAUCCUAAUAAACGAUCCGAUGCAAGAUGAUCCUCCUAUAUUUUUCGAAUUGUCAGCACAAAUAAUUUUCAUUUUCUUCCUUAUGUUCGUGACUAUAAUCCUAAUGAAUCUAUUAGUCGGUAUUGCGGUUCACGACAUCCAAGGAUUAAGGAAGACAGCAGGCUUAUCAAAAUUGGUGCGACAGACGAAACUAAUUCUUUUUGUUGAAAUGGGCAUGUUUAGUGCUUGGCUGCCGAAAUGCCUACACAAAUAUGUCUACAGAACAGCUUUAGUAUCUCCUGAGGCCGGCAAAGUCAUAUUAAGCGUGAAACCGUUGAAUCCAAGAGAAAAACGAUUACCAACAGACAUUAUGAUGGCAGCUUAUGAAUUAGCCCAGCUGAACAAAGUUAAGUCCGGCCGAUCAGUUAAAGAAGUGCUAUACAAGAACAAGAUCUCCUCAAAGUUGAAGAACGAAGGACAUAAUAAUGAGCAGAACGUCGGCUUUGAGAUUCGAGGAAUGCAAGAGAAGAUUGACCAAGCGACGUUUAACUUGAAGAAAAUAGACCAGGAGAUGCGACAUUUGAAUACUCUUUUAAUGGAACAGCAAAAUUUCUUUCAAAGCCUCUUCAAGAGCACAGAAUUGGUUCCGUACAAAUCCCAGCAUGCUUCUACCCCAGUUUAUUCAGAUUCCCCUAUCAUCUUUGGCAACAAUACGUAG